UCCACACUCGCUCUCCCGUCUCUCGCUCGACAAUGCCCCCCAAAAAAGUGUAUGGGAAGCGUACUGCCGUCAAGGCGCCGUCGAACUUCGCGAAAUUUCUAAGUCCGGAUAAAGAGAAUGUUUGCGUCGGUAAACAGGGGAAGAAUGGAGCGGCAAACCGAGUGAAGCCUAAAGAGAAGGAUGAUUUUGAUGGCAUAGAGAAGGAACUAGAGGCUCUGACUCUAAGAGAGGGUGGGAAGGCAGCCCAUGAGGCCGCCGGAGUGGUAAAGAAAAAGAGGAGGCCAAGGAGGGUUGUUGAGGACACCGAUGACGGGGCAGAGCACGAGCACCAGGAUGCGGUAGUCGACAUUGAGACGAACUUGGGCGCCUUGACUUUGGAAGAAGAUCAAAGGACUCUUCUGAAGGAGGAACCGCAGAAGAACAAGGGGAGGCCACGGAAAGCGAUCGGAAAUACCGGCGAGCUUGCUGAGACAAAGAAAAAGGAUCACAAAAUAGACACAAAGCCAAACAAGGAAACAUCAAAGCCUCAGAAGCAUCCAGAUGCACAAUCAGCGCCAUCCUCCCCGAUGCGAGGCCAGAGACUCAAAGCUGUUGUCAUACCGAAGUCCAGCGCAGUCGCGACGUGCAACGAAUGUCCAAAGAUGCCACAACUACCCACGCCUGAUCUUACACCUGAGCGCGAUGACGUUUGUACGGCUUACGUCUCCCCGCUAUUAUCUCUCAGCUAUGGCAGGAAGAUAGUUACGUUUGAGGACUGGUCGUCAGCCCUCGAACCACACUUUACAGUUUCUAAGAUUGCCGAAGCUUCCUUUUCCGAGGUCUAUCGUCUAAGUGCCACCUCUGUAACACCCGACUCUACAGAUGAGUCCGUCCUAAAACUCGUUCCACUGCGAAGGCCUCCAGACGCACCUUUACCAAGCCGCUCUCAACCGUGUGGUGCCAAGGUCUCAGCCCGGCAAACGAUGGACCACGCAGAUAGGGAAGAGCAGGAACAAUGGAAGUCGCACGUCGAAGAUGUACUUUCCGAAGUCAAGCUCCUGCAGAACUUGAACCACAUUCCAGGAUUCACGAAUUUCCGCGAACUGACGGUGCUGCAAGGCCGUCCGUCAAUCACGUUCGCCAAUGCUUGGAAAGCGUGGAAUAAGUCCAGACCGCGAGGAAGGAAGAGCGAGUUCCCGGAUCCUAGCAAGAAGCCGAGCUACGAAGACACGCAACUCUGGGCUGUCAUCGAAAUGCAAGAUGCGGGCACAGACUGCGAAAAGGUCAUGGAAGCAGGUGGCAUGGGCACUAUAUGGGAAAUCUGGGACGUCUUCUGGGGUGUGUGCUUGAGCGUCGCAAAGGCGGAAGAGGCGUGCAAUUUCGAGCAUCGGGAUAUGCAUUUGGAAAACAUUUGCGUCCGUUCUUCUCGGCAGAGCGACGAUCUCAUCGAGCCUACUAUCAAGGAUCCCUUAAGGCGUAAACUUGGCUUCACCGGCAUCGAGACUACGGUCAUCGACUGCACGCUCUCCCGCGCGGACAUUCUCCCACCUUCGCCUUGUAGACGAUCCUCAUCCUCGUCUUUUGUGUCCAACUCCUCUGCAUCGUCGACGGCCAGCCCUCGCAUUCCUACGUCGCCCGAACCGGAUGUUGCCUACCUCGACCUUAACAAGGACUUGGGUCUUUUCACCGGCGAUGCAACAGAAGAAUAUCAGUACGAAAUCUACCGCUACAUGCGGGGCGUGGUCUUCUAUGGUGACCCACUGAAAUCGGAACUGUCAUCGUCUAACGACCCCGGCACGCCGCGCCGUUCCCCCCGAAAGAUAAACCAGCACAUCAGGUUCGACGAAGCGCAGACCCCUCGGCGCUCACCGCGGAAGAGCAUGACUAAUCGAUACCGCGAUCCUCCGAGCGAUAUCUGGAAAUACUUCCACCCAAAGACGAACCUUGUGUGGGUGCACUUUAUCCUGUACAAGCUGCUCCAGCAUCUUGAAGGAUAUGAGCCCAUGAAUAUAUCUUCCAAGCAAACAAUGCGGAACGUCGACGCCGACCCGGAAGAUGCUGGGAGAAUCAAGAAGAAGGCUUGCAAACUGUACAGGAUAUUGGAGAGGGUGGCGGAACUGGUGGAGCCGGGUGUGCUUGCUGGGAGAGAUAGUUUGGGGAGUAUGAAGGAGCUUGUGGUGUUAGCUAUGGAGGAGAGGUGGCUGAGGGUUGAGGAUGUUGCUGGAUGAAGAUGAUAAGAGUCUUGAACGAGGUUCUCCUCUGUUUUUAGCGGUGUUUUGGAUGCAUUUCCUGGUGUUUGGGGGCAGUGUUCCGCAGCGUGCAUGACUGCAGUUAGACUUGUGGGGGCGUGU